AUGAACUUGCGGAGCAGAGGUCCAACGGAUCUAGUUCCAAGAGUUGAAGACAUUAGAGCACUUGAAAGGGAGAUUGAAAGGAGAAGAAGAGAAGAAGAGCAACAUGCUCACCUAGACAGAUUGAGGUUUAUGAUGGAUCAACAUCAGAAUCAGCCUCAAGAUGGAGAGGGCAUUGGCAAAGGAGCUGCCAACCUUAGGCCACAACACCCACAGCGCCAAGCAAGAGCUAUUGGCACACAUGAUGAGCCCAAUAUCCAUGGGCAUAGAGCUGGCAUCAGAGCACCAGCUGUGGAAAACAACAACUUCGAGAUCAAGUCAAGCUUGAUAAACAUGAUCCAGAGCGACAAGUACCAUGGUCUUGCCUUGGAGGAUCCACUAGACCACUUGGAUAACUUUGAUAAGCUGUGUGGAACAACAAAGAUCAAUGGUGUCUCUGAAGAUGCAUUCAAGCUCAGGUUGUUUCCAUUCUCUUUGGGAGGCAAAGCUCACACAUGGGAGAAGAGCUUUUCAAGAGACUCAAUCACCACAUGGGAUGAAUGCAAGAAUGCUUUACUCAAUAAGUUCUUCUGUACUUCAAGAAUUUCUAAGCUAAGGAAUGAAAUCUCUGGAUUUCAUCAAAAGACUCUUGAAGGCUUUGGAGAAGCAUGGGAAAGGUUCAUCAGCUACAUCUCUCAAUGUCCUCAUCAUGGCUUCAAUAUGGAGAGUUUGCUUAGUACUUUCUACAGAGGUGCUUUGCCAAAGUUUAGAAGCCAACUUGAUACUGCUAGCAAUGGUUUGUUCUUGGGGAGAACUGAAGCAGAUGCUUUGGAGCUUCUAGAGAAUAUGGCUAAGAAUGAUUCAGUCUACAGUGAUGAGCCUGAUAGAAGCAACAUAGGCAGUGGAGGUGAUGAUACAAACACCAAGAAAGAGUUAAAAGCUUUACAAGACAAGCUGGAUAUGCUUCUCUUGGAUAGAGCUACACAAGAAAAGGUGAACUUUGUUGGUGAGAAGAAACAAGAAGGGACUGCUGUGCUUAAUGAAGUUGAUGGUCUAGAAGGUCAAGAAGAGUUGUGCUUUGUGAAUGCUAAUGGGACAUGGUACAAGAAGGAGCCUAACUUUCAGUACAACAACUACCAACAAAAGCUCUUCUACAACAGCAACCAACAAGGUGGUUACCAAGCUAGACAAAACUACUCUCAAGGUUUCCCCUCCAAAGGAAAUCAGUCUACACAAAGCCAAGCCGGAUCUUCUACUUCUGCUCCACAAGAGAGUAGCACUAAUGCAAUGUUGAAGCAGAUCUUGGAAUCCCAAACUAGAAGUGAGAAGCACAUUGGAUAUGAGCUGAAGAACCUUCACACCAAAGUUGAUGGAAGCAACAAUGAUCUCAACAACAAGUUCUCAAACCUUGCUUCCAACUUCAAAGCUUUGGAGAACCAGUUUGCCUCAAUGAGUAGUAACUCAAAACGCCCUAUGGGAUCACUUCCCGGAACCUCUGAGCAAAACUCCAAGGAGACAAUGAAAUCCAUCACCCUUAGGAGUGGUAAACAGUUGCCUCCUAGAGAUCUCAUUAGGGAUAAUGAGAAUCAAGAUGGGGAGGUGGUCAUCAAUGUGGUUGAUGAUGUAGUUAUUGUGGAUGAGAAAACCAAUAAUGAAGCUGCUACUUCAUCAAAAGGAGCUCCAUUCAUUCUUCCUCCAUAUGAAGCAAAACUUCCCUUUCCUGGUAGAUUCAAGAGACAACUUUUGGAGCAAUACAAGGCCUUGUUUGAGAAGCAAAUGAGUGAAGUUCAGAUUACUAUGCCCAUUAAUGAUGCCUUCAUGCUAGUGCCUCAGUACAUCAAGUUCCUCAAGGAUGCUGUAGCCAAGAAGAAGAAAGAGAUGGAAGGGAUGGUAGUUCUCACCCAUGAAUGCAGCGCCAUUAUACAUCGGCUAACCAUCCCCAAGAAGCUUGAAGAUCCAGAAAGUUUCACACUACCUUGUGCCAUUGGGCAAUUGGCUUUUGAAAAGUGUCUAUGUGAUUUGGGAGCAAGUGUGAGCCUUAUGCCUCUCUCCAUUGCUAAAAGGCUUGGGUUUACACAAUACAAGAAGUGUAGACUCUCUCUUGUGCUAGCUGAUCGCUCAGUGAAGAUUCUCAUUGGUAUCCUAGAAGAUCUCCCUGUUAUGGUUGGAAAUUGUGAGAUUCCUACAUAUUUUGUGGUGUUGGAGAUGGAUGAAGAACCAACAAAUCCUUUGAUAUUAGGGAGACCUUUCUUGACUACAACAGGAGCUGUUGUGAAUGUUAAGGAAGAGAAGAUUGAUCUUCAUCUUGGCAAAUAG